UUCCAAUGAAGGCAGCACCUCAUGUGACCACAGCUUCUGUUAGUAUAAAACCCAGCAGUGUUUGUAAAGAGACACACUGAACAUCUUCACUCAACACAAACAUAACAUCGCUCAACACUGCAGAUCAGAGAAUGGCUUUGAAAAUGGAAAGCUACAUGGCACUGCUGGCUGUCACGUUUGCCUUCAUUAUGGUCCAAAUGGAAAUCUCUGUAGAUGGUCAAAAUACAGUCGCCUCCCGGCCCAACACUACCAACACUACCAACACUACCUACACUACCAACACUACCAACGGCAAAAACAACAUCAACAACACUGGAACUGGUGUCACCACAAGCACCGGCGUCACCGCGGGCACCGGCGGGGGCACGGGCGGGGGCACGGGCGGGGGCACGGGCGGGGGCACGGGCAUCACCGGCGCAGGCACAGGCGGCACCGGCGUCUACGCAGGCAUGGCCAGCUAUACUUCAUCUUCCACCUCAUCCUUUAAGACCGGCUGCUUCCAAAUCCUGCAGCAUGUGCUCAUGGCUUUGAGCUUUCUACAGAUCAUACAGUGAUCAAUAACUUUACCUCAUCUUCUGGACCACUUGGGACUUUAAAGUAACCUACGAGUCUUUAAUAAUGUUAAUGAUUUUUCUCAGAUUGAUGGUCACCUUUUUGCUUCACAUUAUGCAAAUGAUUUGAGUAAUGAAAAAUGUUAAGUUAUAUAAAAGAGCCGAGAGGUUGUGUUAAGCAACCGCUCAAUAUGUAAAAGCUAACAAUUGAAAGGUAACCAUAGGUACCUGUUAUCUGUCACUAGUGAACGUCUUAGUACAAAA